GAACCAUUUCUUUUGACAUUAGUUACUACAGCAAUACAAAAGCUUAAGGCAGAGGCUUAGUGCUGCAUGGGGAAGUUUAAGUCAUUCUUUUUCAUCCUCUUUGCCAACAGCAUGUGUGAUUCAUCAACAUCACAGUAAUUCCCACACAAGCCUGCAGGACCAGUCCAAUGUACAGAUAGGAGUCUAUAACACACAAAUUGUCUCGGCUGUCAGGGGGCAGCAGUACGAAAGUCUUGGCCCGAGAAUGAGCUCAAACUAUGGCCGUAAAUUCAACAAGAGAUUAAAUCAACCCACUCACAACUCUGACACUGAUUCAGACUAUGAACAUCAGAACAGCAUUCGACCGCAAGGACUGCAUCUAAACAACUCACCAAGAGAUAUGAAUGAUGUAGACAGUACAUGGCAUGGAGAAAGAUAUGCACACAACGUGGAAAUCAACAUGGACACCUUCAAGUCAGCAGUAGAUGUGAAUGAUUCAAGCAGUACAUCUUCUGGAGAGUUCUAUCAAAACACCAAAACCGACAAGGACAACAUUCUUAAGUCACGUGCGGAAACACCAUCACUUCAUGAAAAGUCACCAUUGACACACCUGUCUUAUGGUGACCAUAACUCACCAGGAACUGAGAGUAACGGAGUAGAUGUGAAUGAUUCAAGCAGUACAUCAUCUGGAGAGUUCUAUCAAAACGCAGAGACCGACACAGACAACAAUUUCAAGUCACGUGAGGAAGCGGCAUCGAUGCAUGAAAAUUCACAGUUUGCACCCCUGUCUUAUGGUGACACUGUGUUAUUAGCAGACCCUGACAGUCAAGCAGUAGAUGUGAAUGAUUCAGACAGUACAUCUUCAUUCGAGUGCUAUCAAAACACAGAGAUGGAGAUGGACAAGAAUCUGCACUGUGAAGACGAGGAAAGCCCAUCACUUCUUGAGAAGUCACUACAGACACCCCACAGCACUCAGAUGACAGGAAACACUGCUGGUUACAGCGACUGUCAUGUUCCUCGUGCCCACAGUCGAGAUGAGAAUGAUUCAGACAGUACUUCAUCAGAAGAGUGCUAUCAGAACAUAGAGAUUGAUGAAAACGCCUGUCUCCAUUAUGGUGAGGAAAGCCCAUCACUUCCUGAGAUGUCUUUUCAGAAUCCCCACAUUGCACAGACGACAGAAAGUACUGACGGUUACGACGAACAGCAUGUAACUAGAAACCUCAGUCAAGAAACAGAUAAUAGUAGUACAACAUCAGAGGCAUCGUACGUGAAUGUACCAUCUAUAAAAGAGAGGGAGGACAAUUCUGCUGGAUCUUCUGAUGGUGACUACGCUGACAUUGAAACCUGGUGAAAUCAGCAUGAUAAGUGCUAGAGGUUUUUCUCAGCAGAUGAUUCACAACAACACAUCCCUGAAAACCGUGGAAUGUAACACAAAUGGGCCCUUGCAAUACCUGAGUGUUUCUUAUUAUACCGGAAGAACAGAAAAAUAAAUCAGCAUCGUUCAUCUAUAUUAUAAUAAACAUUCUAAACCAUGA